AUGCCUACAAUGACUCUUGGGACCAGAGACCACUUCAGCCUCUCCUAUCUCUGGAAGACUUUCAAGAUGCUAGGGCCAAGCCGAGGCACUCAAUCGAUAGACAGACUCUCUGCUCACUGUCAUGGUGAUUCAUGGUUUUCAGACGCAUAUCAGUGGGACAAUCGCCUUGCGCCAUUUGUUCGUACCCUGGCUCGUCGACCUGAUCUUGCCCGUCUCAUCAAGGUUAUUUAUAUCAGCCACCACAUCUUCAGUACCUCAGAAGAUAAAGAGCAGUCUCGCCGAAAUAUCCUUCUGGAAGCAGCUGGUGCUCUCGGUAUAGAUCUCCCAGCGGCUUGGGAAAAGCGUGUGGAGAUUCGGGACUCUAUAUGUCCGUUGGAAAAAUUUGACUGGCCAGAUAUCUAUCCCAUAUUUAGCGAGUUUUAUCUCGAUGAUCACCCCAGAAUGACAGAGAAGCAAGAACGACAACUCCGAAGGGUAAUGGCUGAGAAGUCGAUGCCUGGUCGGCGCUGGAUGAAUGCCGAACUGGUGGCAAUGCUUCUAGCUCAUACGCCAAAUAUUGAGAUCAUCAGUAUUCAAAGCAGCCCUGGCUGGCCAACUUGCGGUAUUGCAAAGUCUUCACUUCCUGUGCUUGGCGUCACUCAUUUGCCAGUUAAGAGGUUAGACCUAGGCAUUCAGACUGGACCUAUAAUCAAUAUCUGUGACAAUCUUGAGGCCUUGAAUUGCCAUGGAUACGUAGGUAACCUGGGUUCUUUCAAAAUAGAAAUGCCUUGUUUGAAGAAUUUGAUGAUCACGGAUGGCUCUCUAUCAUCUUUUCGACUAUCAAAGAUUUUGGAAGGCUGCACAGGAGGUUUGGUUGCUUUUGAAUAUGAAGCCGGAUAUGGAUGGGGGCAGAAUGAUGAUCAGCUUCCAACUAGGAAUUUUCAACUGUCUGAUACGAUUGAGUCGCUCCGGCAUCAUAGGAGUACCCUUCAGGUACUCCACCUGGAUGUCACUGCCAGAAGUCGCGAUAUCAGAAGGGCCAAGCCAGGUAUAAACAUGAGGGACUAUACAUCACUUCAAUAUCUCUGGAUCAGCACUAUUCUACUAUGUCCCUCCGCUCGGAUGUCAGACAGACCGGCUGAUGUGGAAACAUUUAUGGAUUUCCUUCCUUGCUCUAUCGUUUCCCUCGAAAUCUAUCGCGACUUUACAUGUUCCACGGAUGGCGCUGUACAAAGGGUCGCGGCCGUAAAGCGUGAGAAGUUCCCCUUUCUUAAGAAGGUUGUCUACGGACCAAAGGACAGAAGAAACCUCCGCCAAGCAUUUGAAGUGGAAGGUGUCAGUUUUAGUAUCAAGAUAUACAGUCUGUCUCUUGCGAAAGGUUAUCUUCAAGGGCCAAAUACAGAUAGUCGCCUUGAGUUUCCGGAUUGGGAUAGUGACGAAGAGCUACGGCAAGGGGAAAAAUAA